GUGUGGAUGAUGUCGCUAGCUUCUCUCCGCUAACACACAUCUGAUCCACGAGAGUCUUCUCCGCGGAGAUAAUCGAUAGAUCAUCGAUUAAUCACCCGAGGAUCGGUUUGUGUGAGCAGCUGGACGCGGCGCGUGCUCGCUGAACCGUGAUGGCGCCGCUGGUUUCCUCCGCUGGACCAGUUUCCUGCUGACUGACUGAGAAAGGGUGGAUCCGUCUCCUGCCAGAUGUGGCCACUACCUCUGCUCAGACUCCUGUUCAUGAAGGGAAAGGAUGCGUUGAUUGAGCGGCUGUGGCUCGGCCUGGAGGGAUGACAGGACUCUAGCAGACAUGGAGACCGGGGAGACGAGACGCACAGACAGCUGCAAACACCAGAUUUACCAGAUCUAGAUUUCCAUCGCAUUAGUUUCCCUUUGAGAGUAAACGCUAUUUUUUUAUAUUUUUUUUAUUCAGAGCUAGUUUUAUUAUUUUUCCCAAAGCCAUACACACUCAGAGGGCAGGAUGAGCUCGGAGGGUUUUCAGUACCGAGCGCUGUACGACUACAAGAAGGAGCGGGAGGAGGACAUCGACCUGCAUGUGGGCGACAUGCUGCUGGUCAGUAAGGGGGCGCUGCUCGCCCUCGGCUGCAGCAACGGAGCCGAGGAACGACCGUCUGAGAUGGGAUGGCUGCCGGGCUUCAAUGAGACCACUCAGGAAAAAGGCGACUUCCCAGGUACCUAUGUGGAGUUUUUCGGUAGAAAGAGGAUGUCCCCACCCACACCAAAGCCCCGCCCACAGAGACCGCCAUCUGCAGCGUCGGUGAGGACGGACUCGGAGUCUGAGGGCUUCGUGUUGCCCGACCUCCCGGAGCAGUUUGGCCCCCCCGACACAGUGGCCCCCCUCCUCGGCAGACUGAUGGAGGCCAUCGAGACCAAAGGUGUGGACUGUCCCGGUGUGUAUCGCAGUGUGAGCGGCGGAGCUGUGGACACCCGGCAGCUGGCAGACGCUGACCUGGAGCAGCUGGAGGUGUUGUCCCUGUGUGACGGGGUGGUCCGCUUCCUGCUGGACCUCCCGGGUCCCGUCCUCCCCCCCUCACUUCAGGCUGAUAUGAUCCAUGCGGUGCAGGAGGUCGAGGACCCAGAGGAAUGUGCCCAGGUGCUGCGGGGCGUGGCCAGUUCGCCAGCCUGCCCCCCCCAGUACGGCCUGACCCUGCUCAGCGUGGUCCGACACCUCGCACGUCUCUGUUUACACACAUCCACAAACCAGCUGGUUCCCCGAAACCUGGCUGAGAGCUUCAGUCCACUGAUGUUCAGACAGACUGCAAGGUCUGACUCAGGUGUGGAUCCCCUGGUUCAGGUCCUGGAGGUUCUGAUCAGCAGCGAGCUCAACAUGAACCAGGCUGCACCAGCUUUACCUCCCAAACCAGUGAAGUCGUCGACUCCAGCAGCUCCCAGUAGCUUCAACAACAGUAUGGCCCUGCAGGACGCUGAGUGGUACUGGGGAGACAUUUCCAGGGAGGAGGUGAACGAGAAGCUGAGGGACACUGCUGACGGUACAUUUCUGGUGCGAGAUGCCUCCACUAAGAUGCACGGAGACUACACUCUGACUCUGAGGAAAGGAGGCAACAACAAACUGAUCAAAAUCUUCCACCGCGAGGGGAAGUACGGCUUCUCCGACCCGCUGACCUUCAGCUCGGUGGUGGAGCUGAUCAACCACUACCGCCACGAGUCUCUGGCCCAGUACAACCCCAAACUGGACGUGAAGCUGCUCUACCCCGUCUCCAAACACCAACAGGACCAGGUGGUGAAGGAGGACAGUAUUGAAGCUGUGGGCAAGAAGCUGCACGAGUAUCACCUGCAGUACCAGGAGAAGAACCGGGAGUACGACCGGCUGUAUGAAGAGUACACCAGAACAUCACAGGAGAUCCAGAUGAAGAGAACGGCCAUCGAGGCCUUCAACGAGACCAUAAAGAUCUUCGAGGAGCAGUGUCAGACUCAGGAGCGCUUCAGCAAGGAGUACAUCGAGAAGUUCCGUCGAGAAGGAAACGACAAGGAGAUCCAGAGGAUCAUGGAGAACUACGACAAGCUGAAGUCUCGGAUCAGUGAGAUCGUGGACAGUAAGCGCCACCUGGAGGUGGAUCUGAAGAAACAGGCGGCUGACUACCGAGAGAUCGACAAGAAGAUGAACAGCAUCAAACCGGAUCUGAUUCAGCUCCGCAAGACCAGGGACCAGUACCUGAUGUGGCUGACGCAGAAGGGCGUUCGUCAGAGGAAACUCAACGAGUGGCUCGGCCUGAAAAAUGAAACCACAGAAGACGAGUACAGCAUGGUGGAGGACGAGGAGGACCUCCCGCACCACGACGAGCGUCUGUGGCGUCUGGGAAACAUCAACCGCACUCAGGCCGAGUCGCUGCUCCGAGGGAAGAGAGACGGAUCCUUCCUGGUGCGAGACAGCAGCAAGCCCGGCUGCUACGCCUGCUCUGUGGUUGUGGAAGGAGAAGUCAAGCACUGCGUCAUCAACCACACGAGCACCGGCUUCGGCUUCGCGGAGCCCUACAACCUGUACGGCUCCCUGAAGGAGCUGGUGCUGCACUACCAGCACACGUCACUGGUCCAACACAACGACUCGCUCAACGUCACGCUGGCGUUCCCCGUCUACAGCCAGCAGAGGCGGUGACCUGCAUCGUUGACCAGCAACCACACCUCACUUACACCCCCCCCCCCGGUCCGACACAUCUCACCACACGUCUCUUCACUGUCCUGUACCUGAACGCUUCAUGUCCCUUUAAAGCUUUAAGCGAUGACGAGGAUUUGAAAGUCUUCACAAGGAACUUCCACUUCCUGUGAGGAUGGACACAAAGUCAAUUAAUGUCUCUGUUCACACAAGGUCAAGAUGAUGAGUUGAUGAAGAUCACCCUCCUCAUCCUCCUCAGCGGCAAGACUGAAGAUUUAAUUCUGCUAAUAAAGGAAACCUUUCUUUUGAAGGCAGAUUCGCCUUCAACCCACAGACAGAGAGCGAUGCCCCGAGCGGCUGUUAGCUCCCAGGUUACACAGCGCGUUGAGAAACAAGGUACUGAAGUGUGAUGGCAGACGAUGGCGCUUGUUCGGACCACAGGAGGAGGAGCUAUGAUGAUGAUGAUGAUGAUGAAGGUGAUGAUGAUGUCUGAAACAAACUGGCAGAGCGUCCAGAGAGAGACUUCUUACAAAACACUGUGAGUGAAUCUGAACGAGGUUUAAACUGAUGGUGAAUCCCCCCCCCCCCCCCCCCCCCACACAGUGUUUUCCAGCUUCCUGUUUGUUCAGGUUUCAUUCGGACGCUGGACUCUUGACUUUUAACGGUUGCUUUCAUUUUUGCAGAGUGAAUGAUUCCUUGAUUCUUUUAUUUCAAUAAACGUUAGUUCUCAUGGUAGAAACUCAGAGAUCCUCGUGUGCUGGAUGGAGACUGUGAGACUCUGAACAUAAAGAACUGGUUCUGAUUUUGAUUUUGCUUCUGGAAUAGUAACGGACGUACUGACAACACGACGCGCCGGAUGUGAGGAAAUAAAAGUCCCCCAUGACUUUUUGUCUUUAUGCAUUGUGUUUUCAUUUUUGAGCAAAAAGCGAGAGAGCGAGGUUCAGGAGCUGAAACUGAGAAUGAGGAUUUCAGGAUUUCAGGAUCUGCAGGCUCUCAGCUGGUGGCACCUUCACAGUUGAUGUGGAGCUUCGUUGCCUCUUGUGACUAAUUGUCCUGAACUUUUCAAGCUUUUAUUUUCCUGAGUAUCGUUCAGAUAACUGUUGAAUCUGUAACAUCCAACAGAAAGUGAUGAAUAAAACACUUUGCACUGAAA